UUUAAGUCUAAAAAAUUAUAUCAGAUGGGGAUACCAGGCAACAGUAAAAUCCAAUUUAGCCCAAACUCCUUAAUCAACUAUGCUGCCACAUGUUUCAAGGCCCAAAUUAUUAGUGAGUGCCUCAGUAUAGGCACGCAUUAGUGAGAGAAGCAACACAGCAAAAGAUAAGACAUCAUUAAACAGACAGAAGCAAAACCAUUUGAACUGGAUCUUCUCCAGAAAUCAACAAAAUGAUGAAUACAACACUAUACCCAGGAGAGAGGAACUGUCAACUAGGGACAUGGAAGCAAUUUCAACACAGGGCAACUAUAACAGGAGAUUCAAGAGGAUCUGUGUAUUUUGUGGUAGCAGAGCUGGACACAAACCCUUAUUUGAUGAAGCAGCUCUUGAACUUGGCCAAUUGCUGGUGGAAAGAAAAAUCAAUUUGGUUUAUGGAGGAGGAAGUAUUGGCCUUAUGGGAACCAUAUCUAAGACUGUAUUUCAAGGUGGAUGCCAUGUUCUCGGCAUAAUUCCUAGAUUGCUCCUGCCAGUAGAGAUAGUAGGAGAAACACAUGGGGAAGUGAAGAUAGUUGCAGACAUGCAUCAGAGGAAGUCAGAAAUGGAAAAACAUGCUGAUGCUUUUAUUGCUCUUCCUGGUGGUUAUGGAACCAUGGAAGAACUAUUAGAAAUGAUAACUUGGUCCCAGUUGGGAAUUCAUGCGAAACCUGUUGGCUUGUUGAACGUAGGGGGGUACUUCAACAGCUUGCUUACGUUAUUUGACAAAGGGGUCGAGGAGGGUUUCAUUAAAAGGACAGCAAGAGACAUAGUGAUCUUAGCAGAUUCAGCAGAAGAGCUGCUAAAGAAGAUGGAAGAAUAUGCACCAGCACAUGAUACCGUUGCACCCGGGACAAAUCUGGGAAUCUGAGCAAUAAUUGUACGAUGAAAAAAGAAUCCACUAGUCCUACUUUAUCUUUUAUAUACUCCUAUAGGAGAACUUAAUACAUAAAAGUUCUGCCUUGAAGUGGAAGAAAUAAUAAACCAUUUUCCUCCACCUGCACAAUUUAUCAGAUAUCUUUGGGUCUCUCAAUCACAACGACCUGUCUUUGCCUCUAUCUCUAAACAUAUAUUAUAUGCACACAUGUCAGUCCAAA